UUUACACAUGAAUUCAUAUUAAGGAGGGGUUAUCAUCGCUGUGCACUACUCAUCAGUUUCGCCCGCCGUCGCCGUCACCGCCGUCUCCAUCACUAUACCGUCGAGCCCUAUUGCUGCAACAACGCAAAAGGAGCCCUUAGUAUCAGGUAUGGGAGCUGACGAGGUUACAGUGGAGCAGACUCUUUCUGGAACAACGUCUGAAUCUAUUGAAGCCUUGCUUGAGGCUGCCAGAUAUGAUGAUUUGGAUGAUGUCAUGAGCUUAGCAUCUUAUGGUGUUUCUCUUGAUUCAAAGGAUUCUGAGGGACGAACAGCCCUUCAUAUGGCUUCAGCAAAUGGGCAUUGUGGCAUUGUAGAGUAUCUUAUUCGUAAUGGAGCGGAUGUUAAUGCUUCCAAUGUGGAGAAAAAUACACCUCUUCAUUGGGCUUGUCUAAACGGACAUAUCGAGGUAGUGAAGACCUUAAUCCUUGCUGGUGCAACUGUCUCAGCCUUAAAUAGCCAUGAGAAGACUCCAAUCGACGAGGUCGUGUGUAGGGGUAAAAUGAACGUCAUCGAUGCGAUCAACGAGGCGGUAGCACAACUUGAACUCACUGGCACAACGGUAUCAUAAGAAGUCAAAAUUUUACUUGUACAUUUUUCAUGUGAGGAUGCAAAAGUCUUGCUGGUGGUCACUAUGUACAAUGUUUUCUAAUAACUUAAAUGGCCUCUCUUUCAAGUAUUAUGUAAGGUUUGAACUUCUA